UAGUUUGGACAAAAGAGAGAAGUAGUCAAGUGCUAGUGACCCAAUUUCACUACCACUUUCUUUCAUUUCUUGUUCUAAUUUUGUGCAAGCAAGCAAUUUACAAAAAGAGAGUAUACUAUAUCUUUGUCUUGCUCAUACAAAAAAGUAAGAGAGAGAGAGAGAAAGAGAUUCAUAUUUGUGGUCACUAUUUCAAUUUGAAUUGAAUCACCAUGCCUUCAGGUGCUAAGAAGCGAAAAGCCGCUAAGAAAAAGAAGGAAAUCGAAUCCACCACCUCCUCCAACAACCCUCAACAACAACAACAACAACAACAAGGGGAGAAUGAAUUGAAGUCAAUUGAUGAGAAAGGAAGUGAUGGUGAUUCGCCUGCGUAUCGGAACCAUGGUGAUGAUCAAAACAAUCAAUUCAAUGAAGGCAGUGAAGAGGUGGAGGAGAUUGAAGUGAAACCAUCAGCUGCUGCUGUUGUUGCAAAAUCCUCGGAAGAAAAGGUUGGUGAAGCCGAGGGAGGAAAGGAAGGUGUUGUUGAGAUAGAAUGGGAUAUGAAAUCUGAGGAGAGUUUGGAGAAAAUUGACUCUCCCAAGGAUUUGAAUUAUGGGAGUCGGAAGAACAAUGGCGGUUCAAAUGAUGUGAUUGAAACCGGUACUGCAAAGAACUCGAAGGACGAGUCCUAUAAUAAUUCAGUUGCAGAAGUUUCUGAUGAUUUGGUUAAGGCUGUGACCUCUGUCACUGAGAUGCAAAGCGGAGGUACUGUGAAUGAUAUACUAGAGAAACCAUUGGGCUCUCGAGCAGCGGAAACUGAUCUUGCUGUGAAGAGAAAUGAGGAUAAAGUACAUGUCUUACCUGAUGAGGUUGUUAGAAUAUCAAGUUUGAAGGAACCCGAGACCAGGGAAUUUGACGGGAAAGUAUCUUCAUCAGUGUCUCAAAGUUCUAUUCCUGAAGCUACUAAGGAUGUAGAAAAUGUUAAAGGUUCUAAUGCUGCAGAAAGCUCUGAAAAUCAGCCCCCGGUAGCUCCGCUUAUGGUGCAUAAGACGUCCUGGUUGAGUUGCUGUGGCCUGUUUGAUGUUCUAUCCGGCUCUAGCAGAUAAAUUCAGAAAUACAUGCACGAGGAUCUCAAUUGAUGUGUCAAACCUGUGAAGACUUAGGAUUUGGUUCAGACAUUUUUGUUAUAUUUUGAUGAAUAUGUGUUGUUUUUUAUUUUCCAAACAAAUAAUGGGCAACAGGCCCAACUAUAUGAGGUUUAUAUACAGUGAGGAUUGCUGUAGUAAUUGUGUUAGAAACAGUGUCAGCUCAAUAUCUUUGUUUUUAGAACUUUUCAAACUACA